AUGACCAUCCGUCAGAUCGUCGACAGCGAGAGCCAGGCGGGCUUCUUCUCCAGCAAGGAUGACCUGAUGCAGCUGGAGGCUUUCGCCUUCGCCGAUAACCGCGAGGCCUUCCUGCAGGAGACCACCUUCAGCUCUCCGCGGGUGAAGACCUUCCUGACGCUGCUGUACAAGCUCCAGGAUGUGUCCCAGCCGCUGGAUCUGCCGGCCAUCAGUGCGGAACUGGAGAAGUUCUCGCGCAAUGGAUCGCACGAGCACAGCCAGCUGCUUGAUUCCAUCUUCAAGCUGCGCCUCGGCUCUUCGCUCCUGGUCAAUGGCGUCGGGCCGACCUUCUCCUCGGAGGCGGUGGCCGACUUCCAGAAGCAAUUUCUGCAGUUCCUGCAGAAGUUCUUCAACAUCCCCGAUGUGUCGGCCCAGCCGGUGCCCUUCUCCGAGAAGAGCAGUGCCGCUGCCGGCGCGAGCGCCCACCCGACCCUGCUGAACAACAACAUCAUCGACCCGGUGAAGACCGUCGAGGCCCUCCUGUCGGAGAAUGGCUAUGACUACACCUCCCUCAGCCCCCAGGCACUGGCCCUCGUCAACCCGGACACCGUCAAGAGCGACAACUUGGCCAACUUCAUCCAUGCUCUGUCGCCCGUUGACCCGCGCCUGCCGAAGCUCAUCGUUCGUGCCGCCAGCUCCGGCAUGGACUUCAGCGAUCGCGUCGAGCUUCUGCCCACCAGCAGCAUCGAGUACAUCAUCUCCAAGGUGUCCUCCAACAAGGCCUCCAAUCUUCGCCUGUACCCCAUCCUCCUCCAUCGCCGCUACCUCGAGUCAGCCUACUCGCGCGCCCCCACCGAGGAGAACCUGCACGAGUAUCUGAAGACCCACAUGAAGUGGGUGCAGAAGAGCUCCUUGCCGGCGUCCUUCAUGUCCCGCUGGAUGGAGGCCUUCCUGGAUGUGGAUCGCACGCUGCGCACGCGCGAGGCCAUGGCCGCCGGGCAGACCGGCCCGGUCAAGCUGGAUCUGGCCAACUUCGAGCGCUACUGGACCCUCCAUCCGUAUUCCCUGCGCCGCUUCAUGUCCGGCAUCACCAUCAAGGAGCCCAACUACCAGUUCCUUGUGUCGGACAAUGAUGGGGCAGUGCCCCCGGUGGCCGACCUGCCCGGAAUGGUGGAGGCCUACUUCGAGAGCUACUUCCUGCAGAAGGGCAUGACCGACACCAUCACCUCCUCCUUCACGCCGUCCGACAUCCAUCCGCUCUUUGCGCGGAUCAUGCUGCAGAAUGGCGGUACUGUGGCCCUCCCCGCCACUCCGGCCAAUGAGGCCAAGUGGAUUGCCUCGCUGCCGGAUUACGAGUACCGGUCCCUGGUCGAGAGCUCCGAGCUGACCUUCGCCUCGGCGGCCAAUCGCUCCUUCUUCCGCGCUGGCCAGCCGGUGUCCCUGAGCCUGCACGUGAAGAAUAUCCCCCUCCUCCGGAUCAAGGCCUUCCGCCUGAACAUCGAGGCGUACUUCAACAAGCACGGCCGCGCUCCCAACCCCACCGACCUGAAUCUGGAUGGUCUGGAUGGCUUCGCCCACGAGGAGACGCACUCCUACGAGGCCGUGCCGCCCGUCCGUCGCCAGCUUCUGACCUACUCCUUCCCGCAGCUGACGCAGCCGGGCGAGUAUAUCAUUGAGUUCAUCGGCCGCGGUACCAGCAGCCGCGCGCACAUCCGCAUCGAGUCGCUGACGCUCAUGGAGAAGCUGGUCCCCAAGGGCCAUCUCCUGUGCCUGCUCGACAGCGACGGGGCCAUUGUCAAGCCCACGCGCGAGGCCCCGGUGUCGGUGAAGUUCGCCGGGGUCACCUAUCGGGCGGCCUCCUCCGGUGACAUUCUCAUCCCCUUCGGUCGCGAUGGGUCCCACUCGCAGGCCCUGGCUCAUUCCGAAUCCCACGGAGGCGGUGGCAGCGGCGCUCGGCGCGGGGGUGAUGGGCUCGAUGCCAACAUCCCCUCGUCCUGGCCCGACAGCCGGGAGCGCCCGGUCAUCGCGUCGGAGCUGCCGCUGCUCCAGCGGGGCGACCACUUCCAGGUGGCUGCCAGCUCCUUCACUCGGCUGGCCGAGAACUACGAGCUGUCCAUCGCCUGUUUGCUGCCGCGCGAGUCCCUCAUGCCGCACACCAUGGCCAGCUUGGUAGUCCGGCCGGUGGUGCGCGUCGGCGGGUGCCAGGUCCCGGUCCCGCUGGACUUCUUCCGGGCCCCGGUUCCCGGGGUGGCUGCCUCCGCCGGGCCGCUGGUCCUCGGUCGUCUGGUCAUCUGCGCCCAGACGGCCGAUGGCAACCGCAUCACCACGCAAUACUCUCGCGUGCGGCUGUCCUCCACCGCCGACCUGGUUCGCCAGUUCCGCGUCCCGCCGAAUCUCAUCUCCGUGGACGUGCGCCUGGUGGUGGAGCUCCGCGCCCUGUGCGCUGUCGGCUCCGAGGAGCCCAUCCGCCUGGCGGCCUCCCAGAGCAUCGAGGUGUCUUCCAGCCUGUCGCAGCAGGCCCCGAUCGACUUCUUCCUCCUGCCCCCGAGCCAGCUGGCCCCGGCGGCCGAUGUCUUUGCCAAGACAUCCGACAUGCCGACGCUGUGCAGCUCUUCGGGCGAUGCCCCGGCUCCGACCCCGCGCGCGGAUCACCCCGCGCGCCGGUCCAUUGUCAACCCCACCAACAUCCUGACCAAUGCCCUGGGCAAGCUGAAGACCUCGCUCGGUGGUUCGGCCUCCUCGGCCGGCUCGGCCUCGGUGGCCUCGGUGGCGUCGGUCUCCUCGGUGGCCAGCCCGUCGCUGGGCAGCGCCAAUGCCUCUGGCAGUCUCUCGGAUGCCGACGUCUCCGAUGGCGGUGAUGACCUGCAGUGGAGCGCGGCCGCGCCGCUGCCCCACGUGGCGUCCGGCUAUCGGCUGGCCGUGCUCGGCCCGGCCGGCGAGGCCCUGCCCAAUGUCACCCUGAGCCUCUGGCUGACGACCACCUGGUGCCGGUACCGGGCCGACCUCCAGCCGUUCCACCGCGGCCGGCAUCAUGGCGAUGGCCAGGGCAGCGCCCAUGGCGUGUCCCAUGGGUCCUCCUUCCGGGUGGCCAUGACCCUGGUGACCGACGAGGCGGGCACCGUGGCCCUUGGCCCGCUGGCCGGUGUUCUGACGGUGGAGGUCCAUGCCCGUUGUUCCUGGGUCGAUGGUUACAUCAGCCGCACGUUCGCCCUGCCGGCUGCCCAGGAGAACCGCAUGUGGUCCACCUCCUCCAACACGGUGGUUGUGGCUCCGGACGAGGUGGUGGACAUUCCCAUCGGCUUUGCCGGCACCAGCCAGCCCCUGCACACGCCCAUGGUCAGCCUCUUCUCCACGAGCCUCUCGCACAGGGCCCUGCCCCUGGUCAACUGGUCGAAGGCCGUGCGUGUGGGGCUGCCCUCCUCGGCGGCCCUGCUCAGCCGGCCCAUGCAUGCGACCAUCGAUGCGCGUGGCCUGCCCCCGGGUCGGUACCAGCUGUUUGUGGAUGGCCAGCUGGCCCGGCCGGUGCUGGUGGCCCAGCGCCGCCUGACGGUCGGCGGCGCCCCGGCCAGUGCCGCCGGCACGGUCAGCACCACCGGCACCCCGGUCAGCAGCCAGCACUGGCUCGACUCGCACCUGGUCCUGGAGAAUGACUUGCUCUUCCAUCGCCGCGCCCCGCGUGACCUGGUUGUCCGCCAGUGCGAGCUGAUGCCCGAUGGCCAGUCCAUGCAGCUGCACCUGGGCAAUGUCACCCCUGCCACCCGGGUGCAUGUGGUCUUCUCGCAGCUGGCCAGCGAGCAUGCCUCCACCGAGCUGUCGACCACCCUGCCGGCGGUGCCGACCCACUCGAGCGACCAGCCGAGCUUCAAGCCGACCGGCUCCUUCGCCAGCAACCGGUCCCUCGGUGAUGAGACCGUGUAUGUCAUGUCCCGGCAGAAGCUCGGCUCGAGCCCGGCCCCGGGCAGCAUGCUGCGCAAGCCCCAUGCCCUGGUCAAUCCGGUCCCCCUGAAGGAGACCUCCACCAAGAAGGAUGAGGUCCGCGAUUCGUCCGCCUAUCGCGAGGAUGUGGUUGGCGUGGGCCGCCAGCUCCGGGAGAAGGCGGCCCGUGUGGCGGACGAUGUGCGCCUGCUCCAUGGGGACAAUGCCAACACCGGGGACUUCCUGUCGCUCGGGUUUGCCGGGCGCCAUGCGCACCCGGUCACCAACCUGAUCAGCCCGUCGCACCUGGCGCCGGCUUGUGACUUCCUGGCCCCGGUGGCCGUGACCCUGACCAAUUUGCGGCCGUGCCUGCGGUCCGGGCGCCUGGUGAUCCCGCUGCCGCCGGUGUCCAAUGGCGCCUGUCCGUGGACCGUGGCCGAGGUCCUGGCGGCCGACACCGAGUCCACGGCCUCCCUGCGUGUGGCCCUCCAGCAGGGGCCGCGGCCGGCGGCCGGGGGGGUCCCCUCGGCCGUGGCCGGCGGCCUGCCCGCCACCCCGGCCACCGGGUACCUCUUCUCGCGCGAUGUGCGCUUCUUCUCGUCCAUCCCCCGGGCUCCGGUGGCCCCGGGCCAGGAGGCCGAGGCCCACCUGGCCCCGGCCCUCGGGGACUUUGUCAUCGAUCGCAAGGUGUCGCUGUUGACCCCGGCCGCGCCGGCCAUCCAGGUGUCCACUUCGGCCCUGUCCAGCUAUCGGCUGCUGUCGACGCUGGAUUCGGUGGUGUCGCUGCUGCGGCAGUCCCGGUCGAACCUUCCCCCGGCGGCGGACGGCCUGCUGACGCGCAUGCUUGCCUGGCCGGCGCUGACCACCGCGCAGAAGCGCCACUGGCUGUCGAAGCAUGCCUCGCACGAGUUGCAUCUCUUCAUCUGGCGCCGGGAUCGUGUCUUCUUCGAGGAGCAUGUGCGCCCGCUGCUGGUGGCCAAGGUCCGGCACACCUUCAUCGAUCGCUGGCUGCUGGAUGAGUCGCUGGAAUUCUACACCAGCCCGGUGGCCAUGCAGUCGCUGAAUGUGUUUGAGCUGCUGCUGCUGGGCUUCGCCGAGUCUCCCGGGCACCAGGUGACCCCGGAGCAGCGCCUGGCGGCCCUUCGCCGGGUGGAGCUUCUGGCCCCGGAGACCGCCGACCCGACCCAGUGGACCGAGCACCACAAGAUGGUCCUCGACAGCUCGGAUGACAUUGAUGAUCUGCUGCAGGAGCUUCUCGGGAGCAGUGAGCUCGACACCAAGAAGUCCGACGCCGCGUCCAAGGACGAUGAGGCUGACAGUGAUGCCAGUGACUCGGACAAGUCCACCGACUCCGACUCCUUCGAGGAGGUGUCUUCCGACGAUGGGGACAGCGACGCCGAGGAGCUGAACCUGGAUGAGGAUGAGGAUGACGACUCGGCGGGCAAUCCCUUUGCCGUGUCUCGGUCUUCCUCCGGCCGUGGCGAUAUGCUGAUGGGCUUCGGGGGUGGGUUUAUGGCGGCCGGUGGCCCGCCGCCGCCGCCGCCCGCCGCCCGGUGCCCUGCCCCUGGCGCGGCGCCCCCACCGCCGGUGGCCUGCAUGGCCGGGCCCCCUCAGCCGCAGCUGAUGAUGGCUCGCAUGGCGGCCCCGAUGUCGCUGAUGUCCGUGGAUGCCGAGAUGAGCAGCAUGCCGACCCGGUCGCGCAGCGUCAAGUCCGCCGGGCUGAUGAGCAUGGCCGCGGCUCCGCUGCGCAUGGCCAAGAAGUCCAUGGCCGCCACGCGUGGCGGGGCCUUCGCCAAUGCCAUGCCCUCUUACGAUGAGAUGGCCGCCCUCAGCGACCAGAUGGAGGUCGACCAGGACCCGAGCUACGAGUCGCUGGAUGUCACCCGGCAGUAUGGCGAGAGUGAGUACUUCGCCUGUGGCUCCGGCUACUCGGAGUCGCUCAUCGGCCCGGGGAUCUUCUGGGCGGAUUACGCUCGCCAUGGCCGCCUGGAGGGCUUCCUCUCGGGGAACUUCCUCUUUGCCACGGGCAAUGUGAAUGAGCUGCUGCUGGUGCUCUUCGCGCUGGAUCUGCCCCUGGGCGCGGCGCUGCCGAGCGGCUCUGCCACCGCCGCCACCGCCGCCGCCACCCCGGUCAACAUCGCCGUCGAGGGUGCUCUGACGCACAUCUCCUCCUCCAGCCCGGUGAUUGCCUUCCACCUGGACCUGGUGGAGACGGGCCGGUCGCCGGCGGCCGAUGCGACGAUGGCCGGGGCCACCUCGGCGUCCACCGGCGGCACCACCUCCGCCACGGCUGCCGGCGGCGCCUCGCCCAUCUUCAUGGUGCAGCGCUUCAUCGACCCGACCGACAGCACCAUCCGCCUGCCGAAUGGCCUGUCCAUGGAUCGCACCGAGACCGGGCCCUUCAUUGUCGGCCGCAUCUAUCGGUGCUUCGUCAUCAUGAUCAACAUGACUUCCGCCUCGGUGGUGGUCAACCCGUACAUCGAGCUGCCGGACGGGUCGAUGCCCAUUUCUUCGCUGAUCUCCAACCUGCCGAUUACCCUGUACCCGUAUCAGGCUCACCGGACGGAGUUCACCUUCUACUUCCCCCGGGCCGGGCGCUUCGCCGUCUACCCGGCGCAUGUGUCCCUGUCGACGUCGUCCUCGGUGCCGCAGCUGCUGGGUGUGGCCCCGGCCGAGCCGCGCAUCCUGGAUGUCGUGGACAGCCUGCAGGAGCGCAAUGCCCGCCGUGCUGCCCUGGCCACCACGGCGGCCGGGUCCUCGGCCACCGGGGCCGCGGCGGCCCCGGCCUCCUGGGCCACCCUCUGCUCGGAUGCCAACACCCCGGCCGAGGAGAUCCUGGCGCACCUUCGCCGGGAGGAUGUCCGCGUGAACCAGCUGAACAUGGGUCUGGUGUUCUGGCGCCUGGGGCAGGAUAUCAACUUCUUCCGUGACUUUGUCGCGGCCCUGCGCGAUGCCGGGCACUUCGAUGCCAAUGUCUGGCGCUUUGCCCUGACGCACUUGCAGGCGGCCUGGAAGGCCAACCCCGGUGCCGGGGCCGCCGGCCGGGCCGCCGGGCAGCCGGCCUUCCUGGUGCAGUGUGUGCGCGAUCUGCUCGAGCAGUCGCACAUCAACCGGCGUCUGGUCAACAGCCUGCGUCUGGUGACCCUGGAGACGCCCAUCCUCCGCCACCGGCCGAUGGUGGACAUGCCGGGCUUCAGUGUCGAUGUGUAUGACUACUCGCCGCUGGUCAACCCGCGCAGCCAUCAGUUCGGCUCGGACCGCGAUGGGCCGGCGGCGCCGGUGGCCACGGCGGCCGAUGCUGUCGCCUCGCUGGCCGUGGCCGUGGCCCAGUCGGCCCCGACCGGCGCCACCACCGGCAAGCACUUCGGCGCCAAGCACAUCAACAUCCUGAAUGACAGCUUCCGCGGGCACUACCACCGGUUCAUCAGCUACCUGGCGGCGCUGAACCGCCGGCCGACGGUGGACGAGUGGCUGGUGGCCUGCUGCUACCCGAUCCUGCAGGAUCGCAUUGAGGCCGCGCGUGAUGUGCUCACCCGGUUCAUUGUGCCCACUUACCGGCCGGAGGCCCCGGGCAACAGCAUCCAGCUGGACUACCUGGUGGCGUACCUGGAUUUGCUGUCGCCCAUUUCCGAGGGCGACUCGGAUGGCACUCGUGCCCUGACCUUCCCGCUGGCCCGGCAGCUGGCCAACAAGCAUGCCGACUGCCCGGCCCUCGGCUGGCAGAAGCACUUCGCCGACAUCAGCCAGUAUCUGGACGAGGUGGAGCGCGACCAGCAGCUGGCCUCCGCCGCCAGCCCGGCGGCUUCCUCCACCAAGCAGGAGGGCGCCCCGGCGGUGGCGGUGGCCGAUGGUGGCGAGGGCCAGCCGUCGGAUGCCCCGGCGGUGGUGCAUACGGAGACCUCGCACUCGGGGGCCGAUGCGCGCAACAAGCGCAUGACCGCCGUGGUGGACGCCCAGCCGGUGUUCUCCUUUACGCUGGUCGUGGACAGCUACUCGCUGCGUGUGACCCAUCGCGGCUUGAAGGCCGUCCGGGUUCGCUACUUCCCCAUCAACACCGAGUUGAUGUUCAGCCAGGAGCCCUUCGCGGCCGAGCUGUCGGGGCAGGGCUCCGGCGGCAGCGGCGGGUCCCCAGGCGGCGAGUCCGACAACUCGCGCCCGACCAAGCGCUCCCGCGGCCCGUCGGACGCCGGCAGCAGCGACACCUUCGCCGCGCAGUUUGUCAUGCCGGCCCACGAGGAGAUCCUUCGCCUGGAUGGUGGCGCCGCCUCGCUGGCCGUGGUCAACACCUCGGUCCUGCCGCUGGCCGAGCGCUACCGGUCCAGCAACUUUGUCAUCGAGGUGGCGGCCAUGUAUGAGCCGGCUUCGACGGCGCCGCUGCUCCAGCGUGUGGCCUCUCUGCCCACCGAGACGGCCUUCUACUCCAGCUCUGUGGUGGCGGUCCAGCUGUCGGCCAACUAUGGCCAGCUCCUGGCCACCAACCAGGUCACCGGCCGUGCCCUGCGCGGGGCCUACUGCAAGGUGUACGCCAUGCCGGCCUCCGGCGGCGAGGGCGGCAAGGCCAAGUUCGUCAAGGACGGCUACACCGACCUGCGUGGCCGUUUCGACUAUGCCUCGGUCAGCACCAUGUCCAUCAAGGAGAUGAGCCGUCUGGCCAUCUUCGUGUCGGCCCCGGGCCUCGGCGCGCACAUCUCCCACUGCCUGCCGCCGCGCUCGUAA